AUUGCGCGUGAAGUAUCGCGAACGAGCGGUGUAUUUUUGCGCGAGAUGAAACCAGUCGUUGUUUGGCAGCCACGAUCGCAAGAUGUGGAAGAUUCGCAAAGGGUCGGCUACCCCGUUGACGGAGGUGACUUCGGGGGACAGCGCGUCGUUUAACUACAAAGCGUGGAAGGAGGAAAAGAAACAAGUUGAGGAGAGGCUGUUUGAGACGUUACAGACGACGAUUGAAGACCGUGAUCUUGAGGGAUUUCGGGUGUUGUUUCGAGAGGGUGUAAAUCAGUUGUGGAGCAUUUACCAGAAGCUGCCGGAUCGGAAGAGUGACUGCAGGUUGCAGGUUCGCCAGAAUGAAAGGGUUCAAAACUUGUUUGCCAACAUUUGCCAGAGGGAUGGAAGUGGCGAGUUCAUUGAGACGUUCCUACGAGAGCUGCCCAUGGUGAACGAUGAAAUUCAUCAGCAAGCUAGAAAGGAUGAUCCCAGCUUCAAUCCGAGGAAGGAACCCAACCGCGCCCUUCACAUAGCGAUCCAAGCGAAAGCAUUCGAGAACGUGAAGGUUUUGCUCCAGCAAGAUGAAGUCGACGUAAACGCGCUGUGGAAGUUGAAAAAGUUCACUCCAAUCAUGAUGCUGUUCACCGUGGCGAGCAGUGAUAAUUUGAGCGAAGUUAGUGAGUUGCUAAUAACGUUAGCGGAGGAGAACGCUGACAUCAACAUCGGUGACUACCGGUUGCAUCCACUGUCGGUGUUGUGUCGAAACGAGAACCUAACCAGUGAAGAGAAACGAAACCUGCUGGAGAUUUGCUUGGCGCAGUUCAACUGUGACGUGGACAAUCUCUACAGGGGACAAGCCAGGAAGGACAUUGAUGCGUUGAACUUGCAGGGGCUGGUCGUGGAGGUUCAACCGGCAGAUGUGACGCCAGCACUGUUGGAGUCUUUCAUCAUGGAAGGGAAGGAGGUGGAGUUUGGUCAACGGUUUGGUGAAUUCUUUGGCAGUAGUUUGGACGAUGACCUGGGGGAUGUUUACAGAAUGCUGAAGCUCGCGGCUUCGAAAGGUCGCAACGUUUGCGUUGAAGUCAUCUUCAAAAAGUUGAAAGAAGGCAAACAGUUCGAUGAUAACACGAUUGAUCAAAUCAACCUCUCGAAGCAGCUUAAGAUCAUCUGCAAAAAUGGCUUCUCCAGAGUUCUCAAGUUGUUCCUGGACAACAUCAACUCACGGAUUUGCAACAAGCAUCCUUUGCUUCUGACAGCAGUUCGAGAGCUGUACAAAAACAAGACUCCAGCAAGGCAGAGGUGCUUCGAACUCCUACUGGAAGAUCGCCGCGUAUCCGUUGAAGGUUUUGACGAUAGCGGCCAAACUGCACUACACUACGCCGUCCAGCACGGCAUGGACCGGGAAGCCCUGGAAAUCAUGACAAAGCGAACGCCGUACUUGGGAAGUACCAACCGCAACCAUGAGACACCACUGCACUCGAUGAACCCCGAUGUUCUGGGUGCUUUUCUGGACUCUCGCGUGUCGGCUACAGCUGAGGAGUUACAGCUUAAUCUUAACGGAUUGCUGCCGUCUAAGCAUAAGACCAAUUGCUCAGCAUCCGAAACUGACUUAGUUUGGUACCUGUCGGAGUCGGAGAAUCUCAGACCUUUACUGAGGCACCCGGUGAUCAGCACCUUGAUAAGAAUCAAGUGGUUGUUCAUGAGGUGGCUAAUCUACGUCAUGAUCGUCACAAGCAUUGCGUUCGCUACCUGCUUCACCAUCUACUCCGUCCAAAACAGCCUAAUCGCGGAAAUAUUCUGCUGGCUACUCCUAUCAUACUACCUCAUCGUCGUGAUCACAACCUCGAUCGCCGGAGUCUACGACAUCCUAUACCAGCAGCCCCAACACCAGACAAUCCUUCGACGUAGUCGCUUCCAAUUCCCCAAAGGAUUCGACUUCUUCCACUUGCUGAACAAGUUCCGAGAAAUGUCCAUCGUCAUCCUGGCCAUUUGGAGCUUGUGCAGUCCAAACCGGACGACCUCUGCCCUGCUGAUCCUGCUCACCGGAAUCGACGUCAUCGUACAUCUGGGACUGUUCCCGUCAACAGCCCUCUCCACCAGCAUCGUGAUGCUGGAAACCGUCAGCAGAGGCUUCCUGAAGAUCCUGCUGGUGUACGCGAUCCUGAUCGUGUCGUUCGGGUUCAGUUUCUACGUAAUGUUUACCAAGAGCAGCGGCGCUGCAAACGACGCCGAUCAUCCCAGCACCGGCGAAGACUUUAACAACUUUUCCAGCAUUCGAGGAUCGCUGGUAAAGUCACUGGUCAUGAUGAUCGGGGAGUUUGACGCCUCGGAGAUUCCGUUCGACAGUCACGCGCUGAGCUACUUUACCUUUGUGACGUUUGUGGUGCUGGUUACGCUGGUCGUUGCGAACCUGAUCAACGGAGUGGCCGUCAGCGAUAUCUCGGAAAUCCGUCAAGAAGCGGAAGUCGCCGCCCUCGCCAAAUGGUUGGAAAACCUGAGACGUUUCGAGAAGAUCUUCUCCCACUUUGAGUGGAUCCGGCGGAGAACGUCCUUCUUCUAUCGGUACGCCCCGUCCGUCAGUGUGCGCCUUCAGGAGGGCAACAUCAUCGUGCUGGCGAGAAUCGCCGCCGCAGGAAAAUCUGCCAAAGAUAGUGAAGAAAUUCUCAACAUCUUCCCGGGGUGGGGCUUCUUCUGCCAUUGCAUCGAUCCGGACACCUGCAGUGCCGCGAAGGAUAUCGUGAGGAGGCAGAACGCUGCCGGAAUCGGGGCUGUGCCACAGGAGGAGUACGGGGAGAGGUUGCUACGGUUGGAGCAAAAAGUGAUGAAGCUGAACGGUGCUGAGGCUGGGGAGGGGAAGAAUUUUAGGGAAUCUGUUAGGAAUGGAAGAGUUUGAAGAUGUAUUGAGACAUUGCCAAGUUGAUAAUAAAUUUAAUACCUGUUUUGACAAAAUGA